GAUUUGAUUUGUAAUGUCGAUGUCGGUGAAACUGAAGCGUUAUUUUACUAAAGAUUUUUGUUAUUUAGUAGUUUUAUUUAAAAUAUUAUAAAAAUAAGUUACAUGAUUUAUUAGUGGUAGUUGUUAUCUUUUGCUUUAUAUGACACAAUAGUUUGAAGUGUACGCGUGUUACGUUAUAAAUUGUUGAGAGUUGAUGAGUUUCUGAUUAUUUGCCACUCGGGUUGGAGGUGCGAUGUCUUUUCCACCUCGCCCGCCUAUGGUGCCAUACGGAAUUGCACCCGGUGUGGUCACUAUGCCAAUGGCAACUCACGUAAUGGUCGGAGCGUACGGAGCCGGCGGCGCGGUGGCGGGCGGCGGGCGCUCGGCGCUGCUGCCCGCGCCCGCGCCGCCCGCGCCCGGCGCCAAGCCGCCGCGCGCCAGCCAGCCGCGCGCGGCCAACGGAGCCAAGGACGACGGGCCGCCCGUCACCGUGUUCAUAGGCAACAUCUCGAGCCGCGCGCCGGACGCCAUGAUCCGCGCCGUGCUGGGCGCGUGCGGCGCCGUGGUGUCGUGGAAGCGCGUCAGCACUUUCGGCUUCUGCGAGUUCGCCGGCCCCGAGGCCGCUCUGCGCUGCGUGCGGCUGCUGCACGAGCGGCCGCUGGCCGACAAGAAGCUGCUGGCGCGCACCGACGGCAAGAUGCAGGCGCUCGUCGACACCUACAAGACGGAGCAGCGCUCGCGGCUGGGCGAGCAGGCGCCGGGCACGGAGGGCGAGGGCUGGCUGGACGCCACGCAGCGCGCGCUGGACGAGGCGGCCGAGCGCCGGCUGGUGCAGCUCUACCGCGACUACCAGGACGACAUCAACAACUACGAGCUGCUGCAGAAGGAGGAGGCGAUCUCUAAGACGGCCCGCGUGCUGGAGGAAGCCGAUAUAUCGGAGGAGAAGCGCGACGUCAUCCACCGGGAAAUCGGCAAGUUCCGCGAGAGUAUGAAGGAGGAGGCGGAUGUGGUGGUGCGACGCAAGCGAGACCCUAAGGACGACAAACCGGACCGCGAUAAGGACAAGGAGAAGGAGAAGGACCGGGAUAAGGACCGCGACCGCGAGCGGGAGCGCGACAGGGACCGAGACAGAGAAAGGGAUAGGGACAGGGAGCGAGAACGGGAGCGGGAGCGAGAGCGCGGGGAGCGGGAGAGGGGCGAGCGGGAGAGAGGAGAGCGAGAAAGAGGAGAGCGGGAGAGGGAGCGAGAACGAGAGAGGGAGCGGGAGAGAGAUCGCGACAGAGACAAAGACGGUAGAACGCGACGCAGAAGCCACUCCAGGAGCAAGGAUCGACGGGAGGAGCGAGAGAAGGAGCGAGAGCGGGAACGAGAAGAACGCGACCGAGAGCGGGAGCGGGAGCGCGAGAGGGAGCGGGAGAGGGAGAGGGAGCGAGAGAGAGAGAGGGAGCUCCGCGAGCGAGAGAGGGAACGUGAAGCGCGCGAGAGAGAGCGAGAAAGGGAGAGAGAACGGGAAAGAGAACGUGAACGCGAUCGUGAACGCUCACGGGAACGCGAACGAGAUAGAGACAGGGAGCGAGAGAGGGAGCGAGAGCGGGACAGAGAUAGAGAACGCGAGAGGUCUCGCGGUCGCACCGAGUUAGAUGCGCGGAAGGAGAAGGAGAUCGAGGAGGAGGCUAGAGAUAAGAAGAGACUCGAAAAGAAGGCCAGGGAAAAGGAGGCGGCGUACCAGGAGCGGUUGCGGAACUGGGAGAGUCGCGAGCGACGCAAGGCGAAGGAGUACGAGCGAGAGCGAGAGCGCGAGCGCUGUCGGGAGGAGGAGCGCGAGCGAGAGGCCAAGCGCCUCAAGCAGUUCCUCGAGGACUACGACGACGAGCGAGACGACCACAAGUACUACAAGGGCAAGGAGCUGCAGCGCCGGCUGGGCGCGCGCGUGCGCGAGGCCGAGGGCGACGCCCGCGAGCGCGCGCGCGAGCAGGAGGAGCUGGAGCAGCUGCGCCGCAGCAUCUUCGGCGCGCGCGCGGCCGACGACCCCGGCGCGCACGCCGACUACGAGCGCGCGCGUCGCGAGCGCGACGAGCUGUACCGCCCGCGCCUGCUGGUGGACGCCACGCUGCAGCGCGACCAGCAGCGCGAGCGCGAGCUGCAGCGCGCCCGCCAGCGCGAGGACGCGCGCCGCGAGGCUCGCGAGCGGCUGGCUCGGGAACGCGAGCGAUACUUGCGCGCUCAGGCGUCGCGCGAGCUCCCCACCGAGGCCGAACCCAUCGAUUCGGACGAUAGCGGCGGCGCGGACACGGCCGGCAUGGACGCCGACGAGCUCGGCUCCGCCUCCGCCGAGGCGGAGGCGGAGGCCGAAGCGGAGUCGGGCGGCGGGUCGCUGACCCCGCCCGCGCCCGACGCGGCCGACGCGCCCGCGCGGCGCCGCCACCGGAGACAUCGCCGCCGGGCGCCCGACACGCCGCCGCACCCGCCCGCGCUCAGCGACGGCGGCAGCACUCCGCCUCGCCCGCCCUCGGACGAGCGCUACCACAUGCCGGAGGGCGCAAGUGCCGGUAGUUCUCCGAUCAGCAUAAGUUUUCGCGCGCGACACAGUCCGUCCCGCAGCAGUCCCGCCGAUGGCCACAGAGCCGAGCGUCGCGUGCACGCAGCUUUUGCAGACGACGACGAGCCCACGCGUAAAGACAAAAAGGAAAAAGAAAAGAAGAAAAGUGAAAGCAGCGAUCGAGGCGAGAAAGGUGAGAAGAGCGAAAAGGGGGAUAAAGAGAAAGAGAAGGGCGAGAAGGACAGCAAGUGCGCCGAGGAGAAGCGGAAGCACAUCAAGAGCCUCAUCGAUAAGAUUCCCACGCAGAAGGAGCAGCUGUUUCAGUACCAGCUCGACACUGACCAGAUCGACAACACCCUGAUGGAGAAGAAGAUCCGGCCGUGGAUCAACAAGAAGAUCAUCGAGUACAUCGGCGAGCCCGAGCCCACGCUCGUCGACUUCAUUUGCAGCAAAGUGCUGGCCGGCUCCGCGCCGCAGGGCAUCCUCGACGACGUGCAGAUGGUGCUGGACGAGGAGGCGGAGGUGUUCGUGGUGAAGAUGUGGCGCCUGCUCAUAUACGAGCUGGAGGCCAAGCGCGCCGGCCUGCACAAGUAGCGCGGGGCGGGCCCGAGUGCGGAGUGACGCGGAGCUGACGAGGCCUCAGUUCGCGGUGGAAGAGGUCGCAUUCGUCGACACUAAUAUUUCUCGACAUAUAUUUUUAUUUUUUAUAAGCAAUAAAUAUCAUUUUGUACCGACAGCUCUCAUUAUAAAACUAUAAAUUGUAAAAAAAAACAACACAUUUCAGGAUUGUUUUCUGCUCUGAGAUAACGCAACGACGUUCCGUUGUUCUAUAACUUUCAAUACCCUACGAUUAUUUUCAUAAUGGCGGUUUAGUCGGAUGUCGAUAAGUAUGACGUACUUACUAUUUUAAAUAUCUAUAAAAUCAGCGUUAACGUUCGAUAAAGAAAUUGUACAGUUUAAAAUAUUUUAUAAAGAAUUGUAUUUGUAAUUCCGAGACGCAGUGUUCCUAUAUUCAUAAUGACUCAACAUCUUCACGUCGACAAUGUUCCAAGAGAAUCAGAACGAGUUCCAAACCAGUACAGCCUCAAUACUUGAAAUAGUUUCUGUGUUUAAAUAAUUAUUGUGUUUGUCUAACGUCGUUUGUAACAAAAAUUCUAUUGGGACCUGAGUGGUGACAGUGGAGUCGAGGACGUACGCGGAAGUCGUUGUACUCCAAAGCCCUCCAGCGGCGAGGUACAACAAAUUAGAUCGUAAAUGAAAAUAAAAAAGCUAUAUGUGCCAACAUCCGUGACAUCGGUCAUUACAUUGUAUUAUUUAGAAAUCAAAGAAGAAAAUAAAUCCAUUUUUAUUUGCAUAAUGUUCCAAAUUCUUGGUGAAAAGUUGAAAUAGUCGAACUACGGUUAAACUAUUUUGA